AGUUUGCACAGGUGUCAACAAUCAACUCAUUAACUUGGUUGAGAUAAAAGGCACUUUCUGGGUUCAGUCUGUAGUUGAGUUCUGUGGAAGUGAUCCUGCUUAACGAUGUCCGGCCGAGGAAAGAAAGCUGCGCCCAAACCGAAAUCUGCGGUGUCCCGUUCCUCCAGGUCAGGACUCACUUUCCCAGUGGGUCGCAUUCAAAGGCUGCUCAGAAACGGCAACUACGCGGAGAGGGUUGGCGUCGGCUCUGCCGUGUACCUCUCGGCCGUCCUGGAGUAUCUCUGCGCUGAAAUCCUGGAGCUGGCUGGAAACGCCAGCCGUGACAACAAUAAGCGGCGCAUCGCGCCACGCCACAUCUUGCUGGCUGUGAAGAACGACGAGGAGCUCAAAAACCUGCUGGCUGGGGUCACCAUCUCAGAGGGCGGCGUGGUGCCGAACAUUCAGGCGGUCCUCCUACCAAAGAAGACCACAGGUCCAAAGGAAGACGCAACCGCCAAAGCUGUCCAAUCUCAAGAAUUUUAACUGUGGCAGCCUGGGAGUUUUAUUUUAAUCAAAUUUGUAAUGUUCUUAAAUUUUAUAUUUGAACUUAUUAAAGCUUAACCUGUUAAACCUCA